AUGGAAGUCCUCAGGUCGAGCCUCCCCCAAGCUGCCAUAUUCACUAGAAUACGAAGUUCACGUUUUCUCAAGUUGAAUGGACCUGACGGAGAGCUUGAGGAUGAUGAUGAUCUUCUUCUUCCUGGGCUAGACGAUGAUUCUGCAUGUUUUCUCAGUUCUCUUGAGUGUUUCCUCGACAAUCUCACCAUCAGUUUUCUCAGUUCUCUACAAUACAUUAAACAUCAACGCCAAGAAGAAGAAAAAGAAGGACAAGAAGAAAGUCCACAACGACAAUCUCGUCCCGGAAGGAGGCCACAAGAAGGAGGACAAGGGGAGAAACAGAAACAGCAACAAGAAAACCCGUAUCACGUGCCCUCUGAUAGGUUCCAAACCCGAUUCGAGAACGAAAAUGGUCGGAUCCGGGUCCUCCAAAAGUUCGAUCACGUGUCCCCACACCUUCGGAUGCUCCGAUACUACCGAAUCGUCGAAUACAGAGCCAGACCGGGAACCCUCAUUGUGCCCCACCACUCCGAUGCCGAGUACCUCGUCAUCAACACCAGAGGAAGGGCCAUAGUUACUCUUGUUCUUCCAAAUUACAAGGAGUCUUUCAACCUAGAGCAAUUUGAUGUUUUGAGGGUUCCCGCAGGGGCCAUAUGUUACACUAUUAACCGUGCCAGUGGUCAAGAUCUUGAGCUCAUCAAACUCGCUUUACCCGUUAACAUUCCUGGUCAAAUUGAGAACUUCUACCCCUCUGGCAAUCAAAUUCCCAAUUCUUACCUCAAAGCCUUCAACAGGAAGACUCUCCAGGCCGCCUUCAACGCCUCGUACGAGGAGAUUGAGCAGGCAUUUUGGGGAACAGAGCAGCAGCAACAACAAGGACAACAGGGUUCAGAAGAAGGAGUGAUAGUGAAAUUGCCGAGGGAACAAUUGAGAUCACUGAUCAGCCGUGCCCAAUCAAGGCAAAGAAGGGAAGAGAAGAGUUCACCAUUAGGUCCUUUCAACUUGAAAAACAUUCAGCCUCGCUACUCCAACAACCAUGGCACCUUACGUGAGGCUCACCCUCAACGCUUCGAAGCUCUUCAAGACCUCGGCAUCGGUGUCUCCCACCUAAGACUCAACGAGGGAUCAAUGUUUCUGCCUCACUACAACACAAGAGCGAUAAUACUGGCCUUCGUUGCUGAGGGACAAGGAGACACUGAAAUGGCAGCGAUUCGACAGCAGAGGCAGCGGGAAGGAGAAGGAGAAGGACAAGAGCAUAGAGAAGGACAAUUUAAGAGGUUAGCAGCAAGACUAUCGAAGGGUGAUUUUUUCAUAGUUCCGGCAGGUCAUCCUGUAGCUGUCAGAGCCUCAAGGAACAGCAACUUGGAGGUCGUCGAGUUCGUACUUAAUGCCCCCUACAACUUCAGGAGCUUCCUCGCAGGCAAGAGUCAGAAUGUGCUGAAUGAGUUGGACAGAGAGGUGAAGGAAGCGGCGUUUGAAGGGUCCGGCGAACAAGUGGAGAGGCUGUUGAAUCGACAGAGAGAGUCGUUCUUCGUGGAUCGUGAGGAGCAACCAAGUGGGGGAGGCAGGUCGCCCAGCCAAACUGGUAAGGUUGCUUGGUCUUCAAUCUUGACGGCUUUCAUGUGA